UCCACUGGCGGUGAGUCUGUGCGAAGCAACAAGCGUCUGCGGCUGCUGGAGCUGCCAGGCGCGUGGCCUUUGCCGGCCCAGGGCAAGUCGCGCGGCCGGGCGGGUUCGAGGGUGUCUUGGAGCAACGAAGGGCAGCCAACCCAGAUUCACUCGACGAGGAGGAACACCCUGCAUCUCUUGUGCAGGUCAGUGAAGGGAAAGACUGAGCGCCCUGCGCUCGCGGACCGAGAGAGAGGCGAGAUGGAGGCCCUCGCAGCGGCGUCGAGGCGAUGUGGAGGCAAGCCUCAAAUUCAUUUCGGCGCACGGCCGCGAGGUGAAGUUGUGUUUCGGCGAAUAGACACCGCGAGGCCGAAUACAACUGCGUCGUCCAGCCGUCUUGGCGCGCCUUCCUUCUCUUCCCCCACCCCCUCACUACCUGCAGCAUGGCGCCCCCGAGAGCCGACUACUCCGUGUACCUCGUGACAGCACGCUCGCAGGUACCCGCGGGCGUCGACUAUCUUGAUGCAUUGCGAGCAGCGCUCAAGGGCGGUGUGACGCUGGUACAGAUCCGCGAGAAGGACGUCGAGACGGACGAGUUCUUGGACAUCGCACGCAAGAGCCUGGAGGUGUGCGACGAGUUCAAGGUGCCGAUGCUCAUCAACGACAACCUUUCGGUCGCGCUCGCGCUUGCUCCUCACGUGGGGCUUCACAUCGGGCAGUCGGAUCUCCCUGUCUCCCAAGCUCGUGCCUUGCUCGGGCCCGAUCGUCUCCUGGGCAUCUCUGUGCACUCGGUCGAGCAGGCCCGCGACGCGCGCACCAGCGGGGCAGACUACGCAGGCGUAGGCCCAAUCUACGGCACGCAGUCGAAGGCCGGCAUCGUCGAUGACGACGUCUUGGGAGCACGACAGGCAGCUCAGAUCAUCGAGGCGCUCGAUGGCCUCCCGGCGGUGCUGAUUGGCGGUCUCAACCAGCAGACCGCGGCACGGGCGCUCUUCGGUGCUUCUUCUCCCACGGCUGCUCCUGCUGGAAUUGCGGUGAUCAGCGCCAUCAUGGCGCGCAAGGAUACAGAGGUGGCAGCGAGCGAGCUGGCGGAGCAGGUGGCCGCGUUCAAAGCUUCGCGUGCCGAGCAGAGCGCGGAGCAAUUGCGAGCUGCCUUUGGCGCCGGCUCCUCUACCGACGUCAAGGCACUCGUGGAGCGUUCCGCCUUGCUCCUCUCCUCGCUCCGCAACGGCUCGCCGCCGUUGAUUCAGACGCUCACCAGCCACGUCUCGUCGACGCUCUCGGCGAACGUGACGCUGGCGCUGGGCGGUAGCCCUAUCAUGUCGGCGCAGGAGGCAGAGGCGGACGAUCUGGGCAAGGUCACUGGUGCCGUGGUGCUCAACAUCGGCACCAUCGGCGCAGAGUCUAGGAGAGGCAUGAAGGCUGUCGGCAGCGCAGCAAACCGGGGACGGAAGCCCGUCGUGCUCGACCCAGUGGGCGUCGGCGCCUCCGCAUUCCGCAAGGCCGCCGUCAACGAGAUCAUGGACCACACGCAGAUCACGCUCCUCAAGGGCAACGCCGCCGAGCUGUCUGCGAUCGCCGGUCUCUCUGAGGUCACCUCCCGCGGUGUCGACAGCGGCGCCGGCUCUCUCUCCGAUCCCAUCGGGCUCGUCUCCUCCUUGGCGCGCCGCGAGCGAUGCCUGGUGCUGCUGUCUGGCAAGACGGACUACCUCUCUGACGGAGCACGCACGCUGGCGUGCGAGAACGGACAUGCGCUCCUCGGCGCAAUCACCGGAUCGGGCUGCGCGUUGGGCGUGGCUAUUGCAACUGGCCUCGCGGCUGCGAACAGCGCGGGCGAGGCACAGAAGAGCACCAUGGUCAAGGCUCAGCCUGAUGAUCUGAUCGCUGGCGCUUUGAUGGGACUGCUGUGCAUGACCAUCGCUUCUGAGCUCGCCGCCGCGCGGCCCGAGGUGCGCGGGCCGGGAACGUUCAUUGCUGCACUGCUUGAUGCGCUCGCGGCCAUGGACGCCGAGACGCUUGUGCAGCACGCAAAGGUGCGCCUGGUAUAGGGCGAAGGAAGCACGAAAUAGAAAGACGUUCGAUAGCAUCG